ACAUUAGUGGUGUAAGCUCUCGAUAGUUCUUCCACCAUCAAAGAUAAUGUAAACAACUUCCAUAAUCACAAACCAGUAUAAAACCCAAUGACCCUGCAAGUGUUUCCUGCAUUCCAUCAGCAAACAACAUACAAAAAAAUGGAAGCAUCAAUUAAAAACAUAUGCUUGUUGGGCUUUGUUGUGGUUCUUGUGAUUGGUGGGUUGGGUGAAGUCAAUGGAGCCGGUGAGUGUGGGAAAGCUGACCCUAAUAUGGAAGCGAUCAAGCUGGCUCCUUGUGCAUCGGCUGCACAAGAUGAGAAUGCAUCGGUUUCUGGUGGCUGCUGUGCUGCAGUGAAGAAGUUGGGCCAGAACCCGAAAUGCCUGUGUGCAGUCAUGCUGUCUAAUACUGCUAAAAGCUCUGGGGUGAAGCCUGAGAUUGCGAUGACCAUUCCAAAACGGUGCAACAUAGCCGACCGUCCUGUUGGUUAUAAAUGCGGAGCUUAUACAUUGCCUUAAAAGAAUUGAAGACUACCAGUGAGUUUGAAGUGCAUUUUGGCUUGUUCUUUUCUAGCUAAGGGAGUAUUUAGUAAAUAAAUUACUGGUGGUUUAUUUGUGUCAUGAACAACUUCCAUGUUGUUGUUUGGUUAUGUGUGUUGAUAAAUUGUUGUUUCUCCUGUGUUGACUUUUAUAAGGUCAACUUUUAUGUAAUUUAAAAAGGGAAUGCAAUUUGGUAUUUGAAUUAGAAUUGCUUUAAGAUGGUGGAAUGAA